UACACACUGAAAAGGGAACGGCUGGGAUUAAAGCAGUUCUCAUUCACACCAUUAGAGGGACCUGACGCUCUCUCUCUCUAUUUCUCCGGAAGAAAAUCGCGCUCUCCCUCUUCUACUUCCUUUUUCCCCUCAACGGAGUUUAGGAGGCACUAUGGGCCGUGUGAUCAGGGCGCAGAGGAAAGGUGCGGGCUCCGUGUUCAAAGCUCACAUCAAGCACAGGAAAGGUGCUGCCAAACUCCGACACAUCGACUUCGCCGAACGCCAUGGCUACAUCAAGGGAAUCGUGAAGGACAUCAUCCACGACCCUGGCCGUGGAGCUCCACUCGCUAAGGUGGCUUUCCGUGACCCGUACAGGUUCAAGAAGAGGACCGAGCUGUUCAUCGCAGCCGAGGGCAUCCACACCGGACAGUUCAUCUUCUGCGGCAAGAAAGCCCAGCUGAACAUUGGUAAUGUGUUGCCUGUUGGUGUCAUGCCUGAGGGUACCAUCAUUUGCUGUCUGGAGGAGAAGCCUGGUGACCGUGGAAAGUUGGCUCGCGCAUCUGGAAACUACGCCACUGUGAUCUCGCACAACCCUGAGACCAAGAAAUCCAGAGUCAAGCUCCCCUCUGGAGCCAAGAAGGUCAUUUCCUCCACUAACAGAGCUGUUGUUGGUGUUGUUGCUGGUGGUGGUCGUAUUGAUAAACCCAUCCUGAAGGCAGGCCGUGCCUACCACAAAUAUAAGGUUAAGAGGAACUGCUGGCCUCGUGUCCGUGGUGUGGCUAUGAACCCUGUUGAGCAUCCCUUCGGUGGUGGUAACCAUCAGCACAUUGGCAAACCCUCAACCAUCAGGAGAGACGCACCUGCUGGACGCAAAGUCGGUCUCAUCGCUGCCCGCCGUACCGGCAGACUGCGCGGAACAAAGACCGUCCAGGAGAAAGAAAACUAAUCUGUAUCUUCAUAAUAAAAUGUGUCCAACCAAGA